GUAAAAACCCAUGUUCUAGGAAAUAAGAUAUAGCAUAUGUAUAUAUAGAUGUUUGCUUUACAAUCGGAGGGACUUUACAUCUGAAACCCUCAAGAAAAGUAUAUAGAAGAUGGAGCUGCAGUUUGGGUGUUUUCUGGUGCUAUUGAUGAUGUGUCAGUUUGGAUGCCAUGCUGCAAAUUAUCAAGAAAAAGUACAGAGUUUUGAAGAAAAGGUUUUUGCCCAUGUUGCUAAUUUUACCCCAGCGUUUGCAAAAAGUACUUUGGAAGAUCGAAUGUAUGAUUUAAACACUCGUUUUCUGUCAAUACUCAUUAACAAAGUAGUGAAAGAUGAUGCAAAAAUAUGGAGCAAACUUGAAGCAGAGAGGAGGUCAUACAGUGAAGCAAUUGAAAGCCUUAAGACUGAGUAUCAUGAAGAAAUUCAAACGGUAGAUAGACUCCAAAGCGAGGUCAUCACUCUAGAGACGCAAACUAUAAGAUUGAAGGAAAGUGGUGAAGAUUUCAAAUCUAAGUACCAACACAUGUUGGACAACUAUAUGAAGCAAUCCGAGACUGUCAAUGAACUUGAAUUAAAACUACGAAACACGCAGCAAACACUUGAGCAGAGAACACAAGAAUAUGUUGAAGUGGAAGAAAAAAAUACCGCAUUAAGAGAGGCAAGUUGUCAAAUUGAAUCAUAUAUAUAUAUUAAAAAGCCGAUAUGUCAUGUUAACAUGAAUCUCCAGAGGUACUUCAACAGCAUGAAUGUGUGUAAUUUGAAUUAA